ACGCUAGUAAAUUUAUACUUAUGACAGUUAUAUUUUGUGAUAAUAUUCGUGGUUGUGUACAUGUAAACAUUUCUGUGGACAGGGACCUUGUAUUGGACCUUGCUCACAAAAAACAACCCAAACAAAUCAUAGUUGAAAUUCAUGGUUGAAAAAAUACUUUAAACAAUACAGCAAUUAUAGGGUCAUAUCAAAUCAGAUAAAAAUACCUUCCUUGGGCGUAGUUACGUACACAAACAUAAUCCAUAAAUUUCAGACCUUUCAGUUCCCCCCUCCCCCCUCUCCACACCCACAUACCCCACCCUGGUCCUCAUCGUUGCCCCUUUCUCGGAGAAAAAAAAUCACUCAAAGUUUAUGUAGGUGAUUUACAUGAAUAGGCGAUGAAAAGAUCUGAAAUUGGUGUUUAACCACAAGGAAUGCGAUCUUUCGCAAGUAUUUCCUAAUAGACUAACCAGUCUGAACAGUUUGAAUCCAACAAUUAUUGUUGAAGAGAACUGAUGCAUUCGAAGUAAAGCCUUCCAUCAUUGUUCCUUACACUUACACCAACUAACUUUAUCCUCUUAGUAUGACUAGCCACACAUAGCUCACGAGCGAGGUUAAGAAGUUUGUAGUUCUUGUGUGUUUAUAGAGAAAAUGUCCCUUGUCUCAAAUGUUUUUUUUUUCUCCCUAGCUUGUAUUCGUUGCAAGGAUACUUGAAAUGUUGAAGUACUGUAGAAUCUAACAUUUUAGGACCCUGAAUACUUAGUAUCUACCUGAUGCUCCUGUGUACAGCAGAAGGUGAUGGAAUCGCCUGAUAAUUUGUGUGGAGUGAUCUCUAGAGCAGUCGACCAGUCAGAAUUGAGUGAUGGUUAGGGUCUGACUUAGUUGUGUUCUUAUGCAAGACACCAGCGAACUUAUAGGGUUUACUUGAUGUUGGUAAUUGGAGGAAGUGGGGUUCAUGUAUGUGUACUUGCUACUGGUUUUCCUUUUUUGAAACUGAAAAAAGUCAGUCCAUAUAUACUAUUUCAUUCAUACCUGUAAGGUGUUUUUUCUGUUCUUGUACAGAUUCUCUAUUCCGGGCGCAGUUGAAAUGCUGGGAAGCUCGGCAAGUUUUAGAUCAUGAUGGAACUGAGAAAGCAUUUGAAGUGUUGAAGGAAGCGUCCUGUUCGUUAGAGAAAGUUCAAGACAAAUCAAGUGAAUCUUACCGACUCAGUAAGGGACUUCACUUGUAUUCUGAGGGGGAGAUCUACUGGAAGAAGGGAGACUGCAGGAAAGCACUAGAAAGCUUGGAGUUAUCGUUACAAUUUAGAGAAGAACUCCUUAAAGGUCAUCCUGAUCUUGCAAGGUGUUACAAUGCUAUUGGAAACUGCCAUUCCCACCUCCAGAAUUCGGAGGCAGCACUUGAGUUCUACAAAAUAGCAUACAACAUGCAAGAGGAAAUUGCCGGUUCAGAGUAUCAUAUUGACAUGCCAAUGUACAAGAAUCAAAUCGGCACAGCAUAUGAGGGUCAGGGAGACUAUGAGAAGGCAGCGGAGUGUUACAGAGAUGCCCUGAAUCUUUUGGAAAAGCUCAAAGUUUCAGGGUUUAGCGAUGAAGCACACUUCUGUAGAAACCUUGCCAAUGCUCUUAUGUUUCAGGGGAAGUAUCGAGAAGCAAGUGAACAUGCAGACAGAGCUUACAACAUAAGGAUGCAGCUUCUCGGAAACCACCCAGAUACUGUGCGUAGCAUUUUCCAGCGAGCACUGCUUCAGGCCUACUUAAAAGAAUUCGAGAAAGCCUUAGAUCUGUUCUUUGAAGCAUGGGAAAUGGAGAAAUUGCUCGUUGCGGGAAACCAUAGUCCUGUGUGGAGAAAGAUUGUUCAAAGUAUCGAGAAAGUGUGUGAUCGAGUAGGAAAAAGGGAAAAGAUUGAAGAAUUUAGGAAGGAUGCUUUGAAGUUUUGCCAGCGCUUCUGGGAUGAAGAGAAACGUUCGGAGCAGUUUAGCUUCACUGAGUACAACAAAGAGAUAAUUGAUGCGUUAUUGUACCUGCAGGGUGACAAGAGUGACAUUGGUGAAAUAGAAAAGGACGCCCUGUGGUUCUAUGAAGGGCUGCAGAGUGCUACUGAGGAAGAAUUUGAAGAGGAGUUUGACCAGGAAACAGAUAACAGCGAGCUUAACGAGAUGCUAAGAAAAAGAGAUGAUAUCUUGGACAAGGCCAUUGAGCUUUGCGUUAAACUUGCCGAGCAUGAUAAACUCACCAAACACACAAACAUCAAGCUUGCCCUGUACAAAAAAGUUCUUGUGAGACCAGACUUUAUUGGGAAGAAGGAGUACUCUUAUGACAAAGCAAAACUCAAAAGCACGGUGGAACAGCUGUAUAACGAUGUUGGACAUGAGGAAAACAUUGCAGAAUUCCGAAAGAAUCCAAACGAACCACCGGCCUCAUUGAGACCUAAAGCUUCAGCCAAACAACCGUCUUCUAAGACAGACGAGGAAGAGGAAGAGGAAGAAGGAUUUGAGGAGGAAUCUGAAGAGAAGAUUGUUGUUGGAUCUGAGGAGGAGACUGAAGUCAGAACUGAGGAGGAGGUCGAAGUGGGAUCUCAAGAGGAGAUUGGCGUGGAAUGCGAGGAAGAGGUUUUAGUUGAGUUUGAUGAGGAAUCUGAAGAGAAGAUUGUUGUUGGAUCUGAGGAGGAGACUGAAGUCAGAACUGAGGAGGAGGUCGAAGUGGGAUCUCAAGAGGAGAUUGGCGUGGAAUGCGAGGAAGAGGUUUUAGUUGAGUUUGAUGAGGUCGAAUCUGAGAAAGAAAUAGACAUCGAAGCUGAGGCCAGUGAAGCAGAAACCAGAAGCUUGAUCCUCGAAGACACUGUGACGAAACGAGGCAACCACUGGGAGCUUAAAAAGGUGGCGGCACACGUGAUAUUUCCUCCUGAUGCUGUGUGUGAGGACAGGCUGAUGGCCCUUCAUAGAUGGAAGCCUUCAGCUUGUUGCCCUCCUCUCCAAGAAAAUGAAGCCAUUGUUAGCGAUGUGGUUGAACUAUCAGCUGGCAUGUCUGAAGGACUUGCAUUCAAUAAGGAGGUCACUUUGGCCAUUUCUCAUAGUGCGUCUGACCUUAAGGGAUAUGAGGUGGUAGUGAAAAAGUUGAUUGACAAGGACACGAAUGAGUGGGUGGACGUCGAUAAAACAGUUGAUUUUCGAUCCCUGUCAGACCUCGAGGAAGCUUAUGGCAGUAAUUUUCCUGACUAUCUCCUUCCUGUUGCUGAGACUAAGAUUACUCAGUGCUUCACAUUUGUGGUAAUUUGUCGCCUCAAGUCUUACCAGUUCACCGUUACUUCUGCGUCAGCAAGCCUUUCCUUGCCCGACUAUCCCUUAGUCAAGGUUAUCAUUCCCGAAAAUGCUGUUCACGUAACAGAACAACUUCAUGUCACUGUCAAGAUUUUGGAGCUGGCUCGAGUGGUGCGCAACAUCAGUCGUUCAGUUUGUAGCCCAUGACCAGGCACCCGACUCUAGAAUUAGGCAGGGGGACGUCGUCCAAAUAAGAGAAAGAGAAGGAGAAGGAGAAGAAGAGAGACAAGAAAUA